AUGCCUCCGCAAUCCAACAACCCACAUACUGCCAACAACCCUUCACUUGAGGAGUCCUCUGAUGACCAGGCCGAAAUGAUCCCAGCACUAACAGACCACCAGCAGAUCACUGAACAUGACAUCUCCUCCUCCAACAAUCCUGACAGUGACAACAGCAAAACAAGCAAACCUCUGCUCAAUCUCAAUGAUAUCAACAAAAUGAUUACCAAUACCCUCUGUAACAUGCUCACACAGCCCACCCUAUGUAAACAAGCCAAAAUUUCCUUGUACAAGCUGCCCUCCAAGUGCCAAACUUUUAAAUGA